AAAUGGUUUCCACUCGUCAAGACCAUUCGGCAAAAUAUUCUACAGGUGAAACGGUUUUGUGUUAUGAACCAGACGAGAGCAAAGCUAAAGUUCUCUAUGAAUCAAAGAUUUUAGAAGUGGAUUUUACUAAAGAUGAUAAAGGGAAGAGGGUUCCAGAGUAUUUUGUUCAUUUCAGUGGAUGGAACAAAAGUUGGGAUCGUUGGGUUAUGGAAGACCAAAUCCUUCCUAGUACAGAUUUCAAUCGUCAAAAAAUGAAAAGGCUGCAUGAGGAAGCUAUCAGUCGUUUAAAAAGCAAACGAAAACGUAAAAUGCUAGGAGCUGUAUUGAAACAUAGUUUGCAAUCAAAUAAUUUCAAUGAAUCUUCAUCAUUCUCGCAGUCUACAAGUACACCAUCUCCUUUGAACAGUUUGUCUACAGCAAGCAUUGAAAUUGAAAUCCCAUCUGCUAUCAAACUAAAACUAGAAGAUAAUUGCUAUUUAAUACGACGGAAGAAAAAGCUUGUUGGUCUACCACGCAGUCCUAAUGUUCUUGACAUUCUUAAGGAUUAUAUAAAUCAUGUGACUUUGCGAGAAAGUCAACAACAAACAACUGAUGCCCUUUCAAGCAUAAAGAUUGUAAAGGAAGUGAUGGAUGGUGUUCGUGUUUACUUUGAUUUCACACUUUCUUCGCUUCUUUUAUACAAUAUUGAGAGAGACCAACAUGAAAAAAUCAUGAGUGGACCUCAAGCAAGACAGGAAAAUAACAUAAAGAAAAAGCCUCAUUUUGAAAAUGUUAAGAAACAUGAAAGCAAAGAACUAAAAGGUGUCAAAACAGAAAUAAAAGCAAAACAUCAUGAAGAAAAAUACCGUAGACAAAAUGAUGAAUCAAAUAAUCGAAUAUUAAGACGACGAUCAAAGCGCCAAAGUGUCAAUGCAUCAACGACAUCAUCAGUCUCCUUAGACAUUUCAAAAAAUGUUAAUAGUAACAUGAUACAGGACACAGUACAUGGGAAUGAGGGAAAAUGUAAAACAAAGAAAGGAACUAAAAGAAAACGAUCUUCUCAAUGUUUACCUAUGAAGAAUGAUGUCAACAAUGUCAUGGAAAGUGACGAGACGCCAUCGCCAAUUAGUCCAUCUCAAGUUUAUGGUGUUGAACAUCUUAUCAGAUUAUUCGUAAAACUUCCCAGCUUACUUACAAGAACAACCAUCGAAGAAAAGAAGUUAACUUUGUUAAUGCAUCAUUUGAAAGAUUUUUUAAGUUACUUAUCUACACGAAUAAACACCUUGACGUCAGAGGAUGUUUACGAAGACAAUGCUGUUUUUUGACUUCUUGCAAAAAUUAGUAAUUCUAAAUGCACAUCAAAUAUCCUGAAGACCUUUCUUAUUUAAAACCUUUUUUCCAGCGAGGGAAUCUUCUUCCCUCUUGUUUUCAAAGGUAUGAUGUAAAUAGUAUAGGUAGGUUCGCUAUGAUGAUGACGCCAGAAUAUACACCUCUUAUUAUUUAUUGUAAAAUGUUGGAUAUUUUGUAAUAUUACGAAAAAUAUUUUACUAAAGCGCUGGAAGUAGCAUUCUGCAGAGAGUUGACAUUAAAAGGCGGAUGCCCCCCCGCCAUUUGUGCAA